GAAGAACGAGUCUGAGAAGAAUAGACAAAACAAAAGGACUUGGAAGUAUCCCUGAAGGAUACAAGAAGCGCUACUCAACUAUGCGAGACGAGGAGCAGACUGGCGCAGAUCAUCCAGUGGGAGCGGUGGUUUCUAGUGAGGAGAACAUCGGGAAACCACCGUCAAAUGCCUGUCCUGUCCUUGUGGCAACACCGGGAUUCCGCAGGCGGAAACGGCACAAAGGCUCACCUGGGACGGACGACGCCACCGCAGUCACAUCAAUUGAGGACAAGCCUGGAGACGACAUCCGGAUCGAUACUCUGACUGGACCGAAAAAACUCAAAAGGAGUCCUCAACAUCUGCCUUCCUCGUCGGGGCCGUGCCUUUCUCCGAUUCCAGGUCCAAGUCCUGGAGGGUUGUCACCCCUCGAGGACACACAUGGCCAGCGCGUGAUCGCCAACAUCCGGGAGCGUCAGCGGACGCAAUCCCUGAAUGACGCCUUCGCCUCGUUGCGGAAAAUAAUCCCAACGCUCCCUUCGGACAAACUGAGCAAGAUUCAGACGCUUAAACUGGCGUCACGCUACAUCGACUUCCUGUACCAGGUUCUACAGAGCGACGAGAUAGAUUCAAAGCUGAGCGGCUGUAACUACCUGGCCCAUGAGAGACUAAGCUAUGCCUUCUCCGUCUGGAGGAUGGAGGGGGCCUGGUCCACCAUGUCUGCCAGCCACUAGUCUCAUCUUUGACAAAACCGUGUUCUCGCUUGAUUUAAAAUAGGUCAGCCUUUUGACUCACAAGUCUCAGGUUUCAUCAUCGGUUUGGCUCACUGGUGAGGCAAACACAGUGACUCUUAAUGAGAAAAUGUCAUUGAAACAUCUGUUUUUCAAGCCUACCUAGUAAUUUGUUCAUUUGUAAGUCAUUGAUUCGUCUCCAGGGGGCUUUUGUUUGUGUUGUUGCCUCCAAACGAGGAUGCUAGUUCCAAUCUUUCUGACAAUUUGACCACUUUUUGAACAAGGCAGUUCAGGGACACCUUGUAAAUGAUCUUUCCUCAUGACUAAGCUUGGGUCCUGAAACUGAAGUUUCAUCCCGUGUUCUACCUUCAGCAUCGUCUUCCGCACCACAUCAAUCACCAACAUCGACGAAGCUGUUAAGAAAAGGAAUUGCUUGUGCCACACCGCCAUUUCUACCAUUCUUAUCAUGUGGAUUUUGGAUUCCCAAUUUCAAGGAUAAUGGGAGCGUCUGAAUAUUAUUGAGAACAAGGACUUCUGAGGAAUUGGAGAACAUGCAGCUAAAACUAGAUUUUGGACAAAGAUGAUGAACAGAUUGUUUUCCAUAAAAAUGGAGACAUCAGCACAUACUGUUUGCCUUUUAAAAUCCUUGUGUCCUGACAAUAAAGUUCAGUGCAAAAUUUC